AUGCUCCGGAAAGACGAGACGGUUCAUUUCAGAACCAAAGGCCGUUCGCGUGCUUGGACGUUGACCCAGGUCUGCGCUCAAUGGCGCCGAGUCGCCUUUGCCACUCCGCGAAUUUGGACAUAUCUCACGGUCACGCUUCCAAGUCCCACACCGAGUCAUGAGGAAGACUUGAAGACUACGCUGGAACUGUCUGGUAUCCUGCCACUGGAGGCGCACGUGCGCGUCACCACAGGCGCGACUAUGGAGAAUCGACAAGGUAUUAUCAAAGUCUUAGACCGUCUAGCCUUCCGUGCCGAAACAUUCGACUUGCGCUUGCAUUCCAAUGUGACGUGUGGAUUCAUCCUGCCAGCUAUGUUCUACGACAAGCUACAAACCCUUGAGUUGGUGGGAUUGGAGGUCUCCGGAUCACAAACCUGGAUGAAAAGCCUGUUCAACGCGCUGGCCCGAUGUCGCCGUCUUCGCACCCUCGUGUUCCACGAAUGGCACACCCCGAAAGGCGAACCAUUACCUACUGAUAAAAUUAUCAACGAGCGCCGGCACUACGCCAAUCUGCCUUCCCUCGGUUACAUGAGUUUGUCCGGCAAGCUUGCACCAGUCAUCGCCACUCAUCUCAUCUGCGCUCCCCGAAAUCUAGCGAUCAAAGACCUACUCGGGGAAGACGAGGAAGAGGAUGUGAUCAACCUGCUUGCGCCCCAGCUAGGCCGAAUGCGUCGCUUGCACGUCACCCAAGACUUUUGUACCGUGGAGACCCUCUUACAACUGUUGCAGCUCAUGCCUAUGGUCGAAGAGUUUGGGAUCACUGCUCAGCUCAUCCUCUCCCAUUGUCGUGUAUUCGCCGGACUGCCAGACUUGAUCGAGGGGCUUGAUCCCGAGCGGACAAGAGACUGUCUUGACGUCGUGAUCAUUGACUCGUGGUCCGCGCGUUAUGCUUGGGAUGGGUUCGACCGUGUUGUCGCUUCUGUACGGAAGAUGGUCCAGCAUGUGACGGUCCGCAUCGUGUGA